AUGUCAAGGGAUUCCAGGACUCCAAGAGACUCGGGGAACCACGACUAUCCCCCUGCCUCCUCUCGUCGCCCCGCUCCUGCUGCCCGUCCUAGCGAAGUGCCGCUGAGUGAACGGUAUCCACGAACCCAUGACCUGAUCGACACGCUGAAUGCUCAGAACCACGCCCUCGCCUCUGGUCCAGAUUGGUCGGCUGUUCAAUCACUCCUUCAAGAUUUUGAAGUAGUGCAACAAGUGCAGCAUAAUACUGAAAUUCUAAACCGGUUGAUUGAAACUACAAAUUCAGAACGCAGUGACGAGUCCCCGCGCGAUAGCCAACGUUCCACUCCCAGGCCACCUGGUGAUCGGUUGAGCUACUUACGAAACCUCCUUCAGUCUGGAAGCAAUCGCUCAAAUGCCGACGAUACCUCCCGUGCUUUGGAAACUCUGAACCGAGAAAUCGAGCAGCAUCACCUUGACUCCGUUUGGGAUAACACUACCUAUUCACCUCCAAAUCGUGUACCGUCGCCUCCUAGAUUACCAGUAAACUGGCGCUCGACUCUUUCCCGCGAUAUCCCAACUGCUGAGCAGACUCCUGCACUCCACGAACCCUUUCGUGUCCCCUCGCCUCCAAGAGCAUCCGCACGCUGGCUGAGACCACCAGUCUCGAGGAACCUCUGGGAUAGCUUACAUGCAGAGCUGGGCUCUUCACCUCACCACAACGCUGACGAGCAAACAUCCGAUCCAGCUCGAGAGCGUACCAACUCAGAUCGGGCUCGAAUGAACGAGGGAUUUCAAAUACCUCAUAUUCCACCCCCACCAAGAUACCGACCAUCACCACGUAACACCAGUAUCGCGCGGUUACGAGAGCGCAGACUUACAAGGUCAGAGACAUCUUCUAGCCUUAGGCCCGCUCGAACUGGCAACCCCCAAGAAAUGCCAAGCCCGAACACGACUGGUGACAGAACACUUCGCCGUCGUUCGUUUCGCCCGGACCUGCGAGGGACCAGCGCUCUCAACGAACCUAUUCCCACUCCAUCCCUGAUGCCACAACCAGCUUCGGCAGCGCAAAUGAGCCGUGAUGGCCGUGGGCGGUUGAAGCGGCGGAAGCUUGAGUCUGAUGACCAUCGAGAAGGUAUUCGGGGAUUUAACUACGGUCAAUACGGCCAAGUUGUCCCUGGUGCUUUGAAAAUGGAGAUUGCUAGUUGUGACGGAGGCAUCUAUGACCCUGAAGGGGAUAGCUCGUUUCCGGAGAAUGUUUUACGGAAUGACCAAUCGGUCUACUGCACGAAGUCGGACCGCUGCAAUUUGGUUUUGAGACACCGAGGCGAGGCGCCGUUCUGCCUGAAGAAGAUCGUUAUCAAAGCUCCUCGCUCGGGGUUUGAUUCCCCGUAUGAUUCCUCUCCCUUCGCCUUCAAGCUAGGUAUUACUUCGCUAACAACACUGUUUAGAAUCCAAGAAGGCAUGAUAUUCGUGUCCAUGACGUCGGAUGAACUGCUUGCACGCACCGCGCAGUAUCAAAUACAGUAUUCUAAUUCCAGUGCACACCGCCGCCGUCGGAACCGCCGACUUGGCCUACAGCCGUCUCAAGAAUACUUGACAGGUUUUCGGUCACCGCUUCAGUCCUUGGAACGGACUGUUCUCAUGGGUCCUGACUCACAUUCAGCAUCGGAUAACGAGGCUGCCGAACAGAAUUCAAAUGGCCCAGAGACUGAAAUUCGUGUCACCACUGACUACGAUGAUAACUCAGAGGACAGUAUUUUUGUCGAACAUGAGCAAGAUGAUGUCCCCUCCGUUACUGAGUUGGAACGAAUUCAAGUCGAAGAGGACCUGCUCUGCUCUGACAGCGAAGAGUGUAUGAGUGAAGAUGAGGACAAUGAAGAUAGCACCACGACCACAUUCAGUCGACGGCGCUUGGAGACGCAGAGACAACCUAUCUCUUUACGCCGCGUCUCCUCUGGUAUACGGCCAACCUACCACCAAACUCCCAGCCUGCUCAACCCCAACGCUCCUCCAUCUGCUGGAACCCCUCAGAACGGCUCCACAUCUACAUCGGAGGUUUUGAAACCACAUGCACGUUUCUUUAUCGAGCGAGAGAAGAGUAUGGUCAGCAUUAAGUUUGAUCCCCCUCCUUCCGGACGUUUCAUUCUUGUCAAGCUAUGGAGUCCCCGAAGUGAUGGUAAUAUCGAUAUUCAGAGCAUUAUCGCGCAUGGAUAUGCGGGUCCGAGAUUUUUCCCAAGCGGCGGAUUCCGGUGA